CGGCAAGCGAGUGGUCCUACCCCCAGAGCGUCCAACCGGCGACGGCGCUGAUUUGUGCACGAGAAGAGUGACGUUGUCGUCGGUCGUGUGCAACCUGGUCUUCGCCGCCAGCGCCAACACGUCGUCUAAUCGGGGAGAACGAAGUGGGGCAGCGAGGGUCAGCACAUCAGGGGGGGGUGGGAAGGGAGAGCCAUGGGAAAGAAAACGCAUGGCCGCCACACAUUCGCUUUCUUGUUGCUGUUCCCGAGCCCAAUCCACAGCUCUAAAACUCUGGACGCAGUCCCGCAGAUGAGCAGUGUCUAAGGCGAGUGAUUCCAAAAGAGAAUCAGGCGAUCCGGCGGAAGGAGCGGCAGAAGAUGAUGUGUCGGCUGCAGAAGCAGCCGCAACCUCCACGCGCGACGACGGCGCCGCGGGAGACGAAAACGUGGGUGACACCUGUGAAGAAGGCGAAACCGGCGAAACAGAGCACGCUGAAGACGGUGAUGAUGACGAAGGUGCCGGUGGCGCGGAAACAGUCGACGAAGAUGCCGACGCGAGCGUCGCGGAUGGACGCGGCGAAUGCGCGGUGACCCGGGUGGUCUUGGUUUUUGUACGAAACCUGUUAGAGCGACGGACAGGCGACGGCGUUCGAGGAACGAUGGUAGCCCGCGGUUGACGUCCGAAGUAAGCUGGGUCGGUGACGGUACCACCGGAAGCAGUGGUAGUCUUGGCCCGAGUCCGUGAGGAGAUGAGUGGUCCACGCUCCGGAAGCGAGGACAAGACGUGCACAUAUUUGUUCGCUGAGGAUGCAACAGAGGGCACCAAACGAGAUGCGACAGAGGGCAGCCGCGGGGCAGAGCCGGUGAGUCCGGAAACUGCGAAGACUCCCCAAGGUCGCUGA